CCAUAUAAAAUUCCAGGAAAGUCCGUGUAAUCUGACAGCUCGGAGAGAGAAGAACGUGGAGAGAGAGAGAGAGAGAGAGAGAGAAGAUUUUGCGGUGAAGUAGAAGUUGUGGGUUUGGGUUCAAAAGGACAAACUUGAUCAUCGCCAUCAUCUUCCAAUGGACGGUGAUGGGGGUGGUGGUGCUGCUAGGGGCGUGGAACCUAUAGUUUCUGGGGUUCAUUGCUCGAUUUGCUUGGAUUUGGUGUCGGAUAGUGGAGGAAGAUCCAGGGCUAAGCUGCAAUGUGGGCAUGAGUUCCACCUGGAUUGCAUUGGUUCAGCAUUUAAUACGAAGGGAGAGAUGCAAUGCCCAAAUUGCCGAAAUGUCGAGAAAGGCCAAUGGUUGUAUGCCAAUGACUUUACUUGUCCGAUUCCUGAGUUUAGCAUGGAUGACUGGAAUCCUGAUGAGGACCCCUACGAUCCAAGUUAUUCUGAAAUGGCACAAUCACAGAAUCCGAGGCACACCACCUUCUUGCAAGAAUAUAUCGACCGAGCAAUCGAGAGAGCACUCGAGGCUGAGCGGCCAGUACGCGAGGCUGACCGGGCCGAGCGCGAGGCUGAGUGGGCAGAGCGCGACGCUAAGUGGGCGGAGUACGAGGCUAAGAUGGAGGCCCGUUUUAGCCACCUUGAAUCAAUGAUGCGCCAGUCGAUGUCUGUGCUCGUGGUCACUCAGCAUAUCGCAGUGCCAAACAGAGAUUCCACACCUCUUUUGAAUGUGAGAUCGUCUGUCGGUAGCGGAUCAGGGUAAUGCGGAGCAUGCUGCGCAAUCGCUCAGUCAUGAAGAUCUUAGUGACGACUUCGAAUGAGUAACUAUCUUCUUUUGUGUAUUAGACUUAUGAUCGUCCAUUCAUCCAAAGGUGGUUGAAUGAAGGCCACCGGACAUCUCCUCAAACCCAACGAUUACCGUUGAUAGUUGGUGAUGAAGUAUUUGUAUUUUUUGUUCCUGUUUUGUAAUCUAUAUAUAGAUUGUGUUUUGUAAUCUGUACAUUUUGUUCAUAUCCAUGUCCCUAAUGGUAAUGAUAGAGAUAAUUUGAUUGCAUGUUUGUUGAAACUAGAGUUUUGAUUUUGAAUAGUUGUGAUUGUUGAUGAUUAAUGAAAAUGUAAAUUUUGACCUUGUAUACGAUGGAUUGAUGGAAA